GGUCUGAUUUCAUCUUCCACAGAUACGUUGUUGAAUAUGGGGAAAAACCAGCUUGCUGGCUAACAUUAAUGGAAAAUGUGGAUGAAAACAUGUUGAAACCGUUGUCUGUGCUGUCAGUGAAUCUGCUCACACCUACCUGGUGGUUUAAAGUGAUGUCCCUGAGAAAUGCGUUGAACCUACACUGUCGUGUCUCCCCUUGGAUUUCCAGCAACUAAUGUGAAGAACACUCCAAGCCAUGGGAAGGAUCAGUUUCUCCUGCCUGUUCCCGGCGUCCUGGCACUUUAGCCUGUCCCCAGUGGGUCUCCCCAGGCUCCUGCUGCCCUCCUUCAGGCAGCUGCUGCUCCUGGGUCUGCUAGCUGGUCUGCUUGGUCUGCUCUACCUGCUGCUGGUCAUGGGCAAGGGCCAAUACAACUGGACUGGCAGGGACCAGCAGGUUCACAGGCACAUGGCACGCGUGACAGACGUUGAUGCCACUGACACCAGCAACCCCAACCUGAACUAUGGCCUUGUGGUGGACUGUGGCAGCAGUGGCUCCCGGGUGUUUGUGUACUGCUGGCCGCGGCACAACGGCAACCCCCACGACCUGCUGGACAUCCGGCAAAUGAGAGACCAGCACAGGAAGCCUGUGGUCAUGAAGAUCAAGCCAGGUAUUUCAGAACUGGCCACAACACCAGAGAAAGCCAGCGAUUACAUCUAUCCAUUGCUGAGCUUUGCUGCCCAGCAUAUCCCUAAGAGCAAACACCAAGAGACCCCUCUGUAUAUUCUUUGCACAGCAGGAAUGAGAGUACUGCCAGAAAGUCAACAGGAAGCGCUGUUGGAGGAUCUGCGGACUGACAUCCCAGUGCAUUUUAACUUCUUGUUCUCUGACUCCCAUGUGGAGGUCAUAUCUGGCAAACAGGAGGGUGUAUAUGCAUGGAUUGGAAUCAACUUUGUCCUUGGGAGAUUUGACCAUGUAGAUGAUGAGAGGGAGGCAGUAGUGGAGGUUCAGGUCCCAGGCAGCGACCAGCAGGAGGCGCUGGUGCGCAAGCGGACCGCAGGCGUGCUGGACAUGGGGGGCGUCUCCACGCAGAUAGCGUAUGAAGUGCCCAAAACUGUAAGCUUUGCCUCUCCACAGCAGGAGGAAGUGGCCAAGAACCUGCUGGCGGAGUUCAACCUGGGCUGUGAUGCCCAUCGCACGGAGCACGUGUACCGCGUCUACGUCUCCACCUUCCUGGGUUUCGGAGGGAAUGCCGCAAGGCAGAGAUAUGAAGAGAGCGUCGUUAGCAAGACUCUCGUCCAGAACAAGCUCCUGGGCCAGCAUGUGGGGGAGUCCGCGGAGUCGCCCUACCUGGACCCGUGUCUGCCUCGGGACCUGCAGGACGAGAUCGGGCCGCCCGGGCAGAGGGUGCACUUGCGGGGCACGGGCGACUUCGACGUUUGCCGCCAGCUGCUCCAGCCUUUCCUCAAUCGCACCAACGAGACCCAGUCCUCCCUCAACGGCAUCUACCAGCCUCCCAUCGACUACCAGAACAGCCAGUUCUAUGGCUUCUCCGAGUUCUACUACUGCACCGAGGACGUACUGCGCAUGGGCGGGGACUACAACGCCACCAAGUACAGCAGAGCCGCCAAGAGCUACUGCGCCACCCAGUGGAAAACCUUGAAAGAGCGCUUUGACCGGGGCCUGUACGCCUCCCAUGCUGACUUGCACAGGCUCAAGUACCAGUGCUUUAAAUCAGCCUGGAUGUACGAGGUGUUCCACUCCGGCUUCUCCUUCCCCACCGUGUACGAGAACCUAAAGACAGCACUGCUGGUCUACGACAAAGAGGUGCAGUGGACCCUGGGUGCCAUCCUCUACAGAACACGCUUCCUGCCUCUGAGGGACAUUCAGCAGGAGAGCCUGAGGGGGGCGCACUCCCACUGGCGCCACAGCUUCUCCUUUGUAAACAACCACUACCUGUUCCUGGCCUGCUUCCUGGUGGUGGUGCUGUCCAUCCUUCUGUACCUGCUGCGCCUACGACGCAUCCACCGGCGCAUGGCGCAGCGUGGCACCACCGCCGCCUCCUCCUCCUCCUCCGCCUCCACUGUGCAGUGGCUGGAGGAGGGCCUGGGCUCCCCCGCCGCCCCUGUCAUUCUGUAGCCAAUCCCGCCCUCUCUCUGCGGUAGCGGAGCGGCCAUGCCAGGGGUUUUACUCGAAGGACAAGGUGUGGCUUCUUUUUGAAGAACCGUGGGAUUGGGACUUGAGGCGCGCGAGUGAGGGUCUUCUCUUUAUCCGGAAUGCUGGCAGCUGGGGGUAACAGUCCUUCGUGGUGAAUGAACACUUAUUUCUUUGAUUCGGGUGGAUUUUGAGGGUAGGCUAAAUCAGUAAUGUGGUCACGGCCUUUACUCAGAAUAAGCAAUGAGAUUAUUUUGUUUUUGUUUUGUUUUUAUGUCUGUGUGUUAAUUUAUUUUUGUCAGGAUCAAAAAGUCUGCCUUUUUAUAAUGUGAAAGAGGUACUGAGUGCAGGACAGCUGGGGCCGGCACACUCCCACUUAGGGGCCAGGUCUACUGCUCCCCACACCUGCUGCAUCAGAGGUUCAGGUGGAUGCCUUUCAAUGUCACUCCUUUAAUUGGUUGAACUAGGAAGAAAGUGCUCUUCUUGCUCUGGACGUAGCUCGACUGUAAGAGCGCUCUUAUUGAUCACGUGUUACCCAAUGUGGCCACCAGGUGGAGAACUUCAUUUACAUUUAUUCAUUUAGCAGACUUCUCAGUGGAUACAUAAUAUACUCCCAUUCAAUACUCCCAUUCAAAAGCACUUGUCUGUUUCAGUGCUUCUCAGUUGUUGAAAGAUAUGCAGCUUAGCCAGGCCUCUCUCAGUAGUCUGUAAGUUACCAGUCUUGUCUUCUACAGCCUCCUUGUGUGGAAGGCAGCCAAGCAUGUCUUCAGCUGUAGGGCCACGGCUGUUCUGAAAGCAUCUUGCUGUGGAGUUUUUUGGUUCACGUAUUGUUGAAGCAGUGGAUGACCAGAAGAUAUUUGACCUUGCAGCAUAUUCACAGCAGUUCCUCUUUUCCUGUAAACUAGUGUUUGAGAGGGUGAUUAAUGGGUACUGGUUUCAUAUCCCUUGCAGAAUGGCUAGUGUGUCUAAACCGUAUGCAGUCCUCUGAUAAUGUCAGUUUUGGGAUGUCAUCAAGCUGCAGGGUUUGCUGUGAUGAGGAGGUAACGUACUGUAAUACAAGCACAUCCCGCCUUUGCAGAGCCUCUGCCAGCCUGAGACUUCAUCAUGGGAGUGACAUGUUUGUGCCUCUUCUAGGUGGCGUGUGUAGAGUGAGGAGGGCUUCAUCUAUGGUGUGGACCCACUACUAACGCCUCAAUGCCUUGUCAGUCUCAUGUUGCAACCUGAUUUUAUUGUAUGUUUUUAGCAUUGUAAUAGAGUUGGUCCGAGACACUACAUACAACAAAGGUUAAUGUACUCAAGCUGUUGGUAGGAACUCCUUUGUUGGUGGAGGUCUGUGUUUUUGUAACAUCUUUUCUUGUGUACAUUUCCCAUAAACAGUACAGGUAGCAGUUCUCGUAUCAAAAAACAGUGCAAUAAGUUUUUAUGUUGUCUUAUCACUGUGGAGAGGGUCUCCCAUCUGCUGACAUCUGCUGAAGCAGCGGGGCCUGACUGCAGUUCUAGUCAGGUCACGUGUGUGGGUCUGUUUACCACCAACUGCUGUCAGUCGAUCAGCUGUGGUUUUGGGCGAAUGCAGAUCUCAAGACGGAAGCUUCUCUCUUAAUUCUUGAAAACACACUGAGCUUCAUUUUAAGAAGCCAUGGUUUCAAUGCUGUAUGAUGCACAUACUUUGUCAAUCACAGAUGCCAUAUUUAUAACAGAUGUACAGAAAGCAAUUUAUGGUUUGCACGGAAGAAGUGUCAUUGAAAAUACUGUUGACAAUCUUGUUACUGUUGAACAAAAGAAUAAAAAAUA